AUGGAGACGUUGGAAAGUGCGCUGCGCGGCGUGCUGGCGUCGCUGCGUACGCACGCCGAGGGCCUCUUUGAUGACCUUGCAGAGAAUGCAGCGCUCGACCGCCAAGGCGGGAGCCGCGGCGCGAGCGUGCACACGCACCUCGCUGCGCUAGAUAAGCUCGAUGCCGAGCUCGGCGCGGUGCUCGGCAUGGCCGCGACGCAUCAGGCCAACGAGGCCCGCAUCGCCCCCCUCCUAAAAGAGAUCCAAGCGCGUGAUACCCUGCAGCGCACGAGCAUUGCCAAGGUCGCUUCGCUGCGUGCCGAGCUGCACGCGCUCGUGCUCGCCGCCGACGCGGAGCGCGACGAAAUGCAGCAUGCCGAGGACGACCCCCUCGACUACCACCGUGUGCUCGCAUACGCACAGCGCCUUGCGCGCUAUACCUCGGCGCCGCCCGGCUACCGUCUCGAGCCGCCCGAGGCGCCGGCCGCCGACGAUGCCCCCCUGCACCUCGCGCCCGAGUACAACCAAAAAGCCGCGCGUGCGGCGGGAUACUAUGACCCUGCGAUACCCCCCAUGCCCCAGGAGCUUCCCUUUCCUUCGGACCGCCUCAUGCGCCAAGGCAUUUUGUACGCGGACGCCGCGGGCGGCGUCCCGCCCCCCGAAGCGCCCGCGCCUGUACAAGAAACGAUCGAUGCGGCGCCCGCACCCGCGCCUGCGGCGCUCGAUACGUUUGCCAUGGACGACGAGGACGCCUUUGACCUCGACCUCAAUCCCCAUUACGAGGCGAGCGAGUCCGUGGCAGGUCCCCUGCCGACGACUGACGCCCUCGGCCUCGCCCCCGCCCUGACGCCGUCGGCAUAUAGCAGCUCCGUGCCCCGGUACGCCGAUACGAGCGUGCCGAGUGCGCCGCAGACUCCGGCACAUACGCAGCUUACACCCCAACGCUCACCAGAAUCGAAUGCGCCGUCGCCGCGCGUGUACGAUCGGACGGGCCAGGUGGGCAUCGGCGAGCUGGCGACUCCCCGCUGGUUCCAACAAAGCGUACCUGGCGCGACCCAGCGCUCGCCACAGGCGGCCUCGCCGAGCCGCGCGCGCAACAUACCCCCGGAAUCGCUCCCGGGCACUGCGCAGCAGACCGCCGCACGCCACGCGCGCGCGAUUUCCUACUCCAUGACGCCGGGCCAGCCCCGCAGCGAGCCGCGGGCGUCGCUGCCGACCUUUGCCUCGAUGCAGCAGCUGAGCGAGCUGGGCGUCGACGAGUCGUCGGACGCAUUCUUUAGCAGGCCUCUGCAGGAUACUUCCACCGCCUCGGCGCUGCCUACGCCAGGGCGGCGCGACGCGAGCGGGACGGGCCCUGCAUCGCCACAAGCCCGCGCGCGCAACGCGCCGCUGGGCAGCAUGCGCACGCCGGAUACGCGCGCGGACAAGGCACCGCAGCGCCGAUCGAACCGCAUCUCCUCGUCGUCGUUUGUGCCUGCGUUCCUGCGGGGAAACAGCGGCGACUCACAGAGCGCACGCAAGUUCCUGGGGCUCAGCUCGACAGACGUUCUGCGCAAGCUCGACGGGCUCAGCGUGUCGCCCCGCGGUCGCGACGUGCCGGAAAAGGAGGAGGGCGAUCAGAGCACACAGUCGCUUCCCGCCCGCAUGCUCUUUUCGUCGCCCAAGGACGGGAGCGACCCUUUUCGUGUGCACGACGCUGCGCGUGCGCCCAAUGCGUCGAGCGCAGAGGGGAGCACGAGCACGCAGGGCCCAGGUGCCGCGCCGGACGUGCACCGGCCCACGCGUGCGAGCGUCCCGACGGUGCACAGUGUAGGAGCAGCGCCAAGUGUCGUGCCGAGUGCCGCGCCGAGCGCCGAGCCGAGCACCGCACCGAGCACCGAGGCGCCGAGCGCGCCGCCGAGCGAGCCCCACACGUCGUACGCGCCAUCGAGCGAGGCCCACACGUUGCACGCGCCGCUGAACGAGCCCCGCGCAUCGCACCCACCCGCUCCUUUUCCUUCGGAUGCGCCCUCAUCUGGCGUGCCUGCUGCAGCCGAUGUACCGCCCGCAGCUGCGCCCCUUUCUGCACCGCUCUCGUCGGCGCCGGAUAGCCUCUCUCCCGUCGGCACGGCCGGCCACUCGGAAGAGGCGUUCCCCCCCCGCUCCCAGCUCGUCGACACGUCGCGAUGGCCGCGGCUCGACUCGACGUAUACCGACGCACGCCCCGAUUCGGCCGUGCAUGCGACGGCCGUCGCACCAGACACGUCGGCGACUCUCCCUCGUUCUGCCGUGCACGCCACGGCGCCGCCCGAGCUCUCUGCGGACGAGCUCGGUGUGAUUUCUGGCCCGACGCCUCGCGAUACACGCCGCGACUCGCGUACCCUGCGCCGGAACCGCGCAUCGAUGCAGACAGAGCCCGGCGAGGAGGACGAGCCGAGCGGGAGCCUCGCUGGCCGCCUCUCGCGCCGCUCGCUCGUGGCGCUCGGCGCGCUGUUCAAGGCGAGCCCUCGGCGCUCGGACGAUGCUCCGUCCGACACGCCUCCCAAGCCGCGCUCGCGCCUCUCGUUCCGGCGGCGGCGGCAGAGCAUGCCGAGCAAGCCCGACGGACUUGACGCACCGGACGCCACGCCGGUGCAGUCGCCCCCCCCCACGCUCCCUCCGAAAUCGACGCUGCGGCGGACCGAAGGCCAGGAUAAUGUGCCGCCCAUGCGUCAGGAGCCGUCCGCGUACCACACUGCCAAAGCGCAAGGUAGUCGCAUUCCCCGCGCAUCCUCCAUGAUGCGCCUCCUCUCGCGCAAGACGCCGGUCGACGAGCCGCGGCAGACGCCGUCGCGCAUUCCCCAGAGCACGUCGAUGCAGUCGGUGCGCACGCAGGAGCACGAGCCGAGUCUCCCGUCGGCAAAGAGCACGCACAGCGUGCACCGUGCCGAAGGCGAGACGCCGCUCAAGGCGCUCGCUCGCGCCCGGCAGCGGCGCACGUCGCCGGUCAAAGAAGAGGCCGUCAAGGUGCGCACGCUCCGCAAAGGCCAAAAUGCAGAGGCGGCCGACGCGCUGCGCCGCCAGCGCGCCGCGGCCGCCAAGACGCAGGUCGAGCGCAAGACACCGUCCGAGCGCAAGCCUGUGCCGUCCCGCGAGGAGCCGCCGCUGCGCUGGAACGUGCGCAAGAGCGCAACGAUGGCCGCGGCGCCAGCUGCGGCGGCCGCAGCGGCGGCGCCGGCCGCGGCGCCCGUGAGCCGCUCGCCGUCGGUGCGCUCCAUGCCGCGCUCGACGAGCGUGCACUCGCGCCUCUCGUCGCGCACGGCCGUGCCCAGCGCGCCGUCGCCGAUGAGCAUGGCCGCGCUGCGUCUCGACGACGAAAAGAAUGGCGACGCAGAGAUGGAGCGCCACAUUGCGCGUGUGCAGCAGCGCAAGCUCGCCGGCGGCGCGCGCCAGGACGAGCUCGACCAGCAGCUCGAGUUCCCCACGAGCGUCGCGCCGUCCAAGCGCUUGUCGCCGCGGCAGGCCGAAGUCAUCUACGGCAACCACCUCUGUCCUUACGAAGUCCAAGAGCUGUACGAGUACGAGUCGAUCUACUACGUUGGUUCUUUUGCACGACACAAGCACUAUGCGACGCCGGAUAAGCCGGAUCGCAACUUUGGGUACGACGACGAGCGCGGCGACUACGAGGUGAACCUGCGCGACCACCUCGCAUUCCGCUACGAGAUCGUCAAACUGCUGGGCCGCGGCUCGUUCGGGCAGGUCCUGCAGUGCAAGGACCACAAGACGGGCGAGCAUGUGGCGAUCAAACUCAUCCGCAACAAGAAACGCUUCCACCAUCAGGCGCUCGUCGAGGUGAAGAUCAUGGAGAGCCUGACCAAGUCGGAUCUCGCGGGCGAGCACAACGUCGUGCACAUGACCGACUCGUUCACCUUCCGCUCGCACCUGUGCGUCACGAUGGAGCUGCUUAGUAUCAAUCUGUACGAGCUGAUCAAGGCAAACAGCUUCGAGGGAUUCUCGCUGCACUUGAUCCGCCGCUUUGCGAUGCAGACGCUCCAGUGCCUCGAGCUGAUGCGCGCCGCACGCAUCGUGCACUGCGAUCUAAAGCCGGAAAACAUCCUGCUCAAGCACCCGCGGCGCAGCGAGAUCCGCGUGAUCGACUAUGGCUCGAGCUGCUACGAAAACGAAAAGGUGUAUACGUACAUCCAGUCGCGUUUCUACCGCUCGCCGGAAGUGAUCCUCGGCAUGGACUACAACAUGGCGAUCGACAUGUGGUCGCUCGGUUGCAUCCUCGUCGAGCUGCACACGGGCUACCCCAUCUUCCCGGGCGAGAACGAGCAGGACCAGUUGGCGUGCAUGAUGGAGGUCCUCGGCCUACCGGACCGGCACCUACUCGAAAAGAGCACGCGCCGCAAGCUGUUUUUCGACUCCACCGGCGCGCCGCGGCCCGUUGUCAACUCGCGGGGACACAGGCGCAGGCCCAACAGCAAGACGCUGGCGUCUGCAGUGCGGUCGCGCGACGAACUGUUCCUCGACUUUAUUGCGCAGUGCUUGGCAUGGGACCCAGAAAAGCGGAUUCGGGCAGACGCGGCAUUGCAGCAUCCAUGGUUUACGCAUCCGAUCGAUGCACAGGUAUCCUCGGCCAUUCCGCGCGCCCAGGCACCGCGGCGGCCGCGUGCGACCGAUGCCAAUGGCUCCCUUUUGCCGCGUGCAUCACUGCCGCCGGCCGCUGCGACAUAG